AUUACCGACUGUGUAGCUAUGGAAAGUUUUGACUCAAUCCGCGUUAACCUUUAUGAGCUGGAUACUCCUGUCGAGGAGGAACCACCUUUGUAUUUCAAUCGCCGUAGGUUUAGAAUCAGUGGUACUGAUGUGAAAUCAUAUGGUCUACGCCUAUUAACUGUUAUUUGUCAGGUGUAAAGAAACACGCAGUUCUGAAUCCAAAUCUUGAUGCGAUUGCAAAGGCCCGCAUACCGGCGCCUGGGUUAUGAUAACCAAGACUAUUACCACAUCGGUUAUAAAAUACAUGCAACUUAUUUCUCCGCCCACUGUGAAUAUGCCCUCUGGUAUGAGGGAGGGGUGUGG